UUGUUUGUUAAAGUAAAACAAUAAACAACAGAUAGAGAGAUAUCACGAGAGUUCACGUGGGCACGUGCAAGGCAAGGAAAGAAUCGAAAUUCCAUUUCCAAACAACAAAACAAUGGCAAUGGAAGCUAUGAUGCUAAGCAAGAAAAAACCAGAACCCAGCCACUUCCAUUAUUCACACUGUUCCCUUUUAUAGUAUUUUCCUUUUUCUCUUCUAUUCUAUUCACCCACUCACACAUCACAUCAAUAAUCACUUCCCGAUAGAGAUUACAGAUUUCAAUUUCAACAACGCAUAACGCAUUAUUCUGCUACUCAUUUCAUUUCAUAUUUUAUUAUAAAUAUAAAUAAUUAUUAUAAUUAUAAUACUGUAAUAUGAUGAUGAAUUGAACAUACAUUUUUACAAAUUGGUGUCUCCUCCUCCACCUCUCUCCCAUUCUCAAAAGGGAGAGAAAAGAAAACAAAAAUGGCGGUUCAGCGGCGGCGCCACCACUUUUACCAACGCUUCCGUCUUAUGAUUCCGAUGAUUUCCGCCGUCGCCGCCGCUCUACUUUUUCUCUUCGCAAUGCUUUCUUUCUUAGCUCCUUCUCCUAUCGAUUCCGAUCAUAUGCACCGGAGACGCCAACACAUCACGUAUAACGAGAAAGGGAGUGAAGUGGUUGAAAAACUUGAGUUCCGUGUUCCGAAAGACGGAGGAAAGCUGAGUCACGAUGUGUGGAGUUCCAGAAAUUCGGAACACUUCUAUGGUUGCAGCAAUGCCAGCAGCAAGUUUCCAAACGCUGAAGCAGCUACAAAACCGAAUCGGUAUUUGUUGAUUGCAACUAGUGGAGGCUUGAAUCAACAAAGAACUGGGAUUACAGAUGCUGUUGUUGUUGCGCGAAUUUUGAAUGCUACUUUGGUUGUUCCAAAAUUGGAUCAGCGAUCAUACUGGAAAGAUUCUAGUAACUUUUCAGAGAUCUUUGAUGUUGAUUGGUUUGCCUCAUAUUUGUCAAAUGAUGUCAAAAUUAUCAAGCAACUCCCAAGCAGUAAGGGUCGGAAAGCAUUAUCUGCAUACAGCCUGCGUGUUCCAAGGAAAUGCAGUGAAAGAUGUUAUAUAAAUCGUAUAUUGCCUGUACUCGUGAAAAAGCGUGCUGUUCAACUCAACAAGUUUGACUACAGGCUUGCAAACAAAUUGGAUACUGAGUAUCAGAAAUUGAGAUGUAGAGUUAAUUACCAUGCUCUAAGAUUUACCGAUCCAAUACUAAAAAUGGGUCAACAAUUGGUCCAACGGAUGAGGAUGAGAAAGAAGCAUUACAUUGCACUGCAUUUGAGAUUUGAACCUGAUAUGCUUGCAUUUUCUGGAUGUGACUAUGGUGGAGGAGAGAAGGAACAUAAGGAACUGGGCGCAAUAAGGAGGAGAUGGAAGACACUACAUAAAAGCAAUCCUGAUAGGGCCAGGAGGCAGGGAAGAUGUCCGUUAACCCCAGAAGAAGUCGGUCUAAUGCUACGAGCAUUGGGGUAUGGUUCUGAUGUUCAUAUUUAUGUUGCAUCUGGGGAAGUAUAUAGAGGAGAUGAAACAUUGGCACCUCUCAAAGCAUUAUUCCCUAAUUUCCAUUCAAAAGAAACCAUUGCUACCAAGGAGGAACUAGAACCAUUUUCUUCAUUUUCUUCUCGCAUGGCUGCCCUUGAUUUUAUUGUUUGUGAUGAAAGCGACGUGUUUGUCACCAAUAACAAUGGUAACAUGGCUAAAAUAUUAGCCGGACGAAGGAGAUACUUUGGUCACAAACCAACCAUUCGUCCAAAUGCUAAAAAACUCUACAGAUUGUUCUUGAACAGAAGUAACUCGACUUGGGAUGUUUUUGCUUCCAGUGUUCGUACUUUCCAGAAAGGCUUCAUGGGGGAGCCAAAGGAGGUUAGACCUGGUAGAGGCGGGUUCCAUGAGAAUCCAUCUACUUGCAUAUGUGAAGAUUCUGUGGCCAAAUUGGACAAAAAUUCUGGAUCUAGAAAAUUUUCAAGGGACAAGUCAACCAAAAAAUUUGUAGCAAAUGAUGAGGUGGAUGUUGAUGAUAAUGACGAGGAUAAUGAUAAUGAUGACGAUGAUGAUCAGAAUGAUCUUACAGAUAGGGAUAUGUUCAAUGAAACAAUGUCAGACUAUGAAUCUCUGAACUUUGAGGAUCCAGAGUUGGAGGAAAUUAUAUCAGACUAGUGAAGCUGCAGUAUUCAGUGCUGACUACCUGUUGUCUCAUUCGUCAUAACCCCUUAAGCAGCUACUGCUUGAUUUUAAAGUUGCUAAUAAAGCACAGAUCCCGAACAGAAAAAGCACAUAUAUUUCUCAACACUGGCUGAGCUGAACUUGAAGUGGAUAUAGUAUGAAGACAUCUUGAAAAUUUUAAUCAUACAAACAAUUUGUGCAUUUUUAAGAGCAUAAUGGCCUCGGUUUGUUGCUAAAUUUUGUGGGUGUUUGGACUUGUAAUUAAAUCUGGAAAGAGGUGAUCAGAAGUUAGCAAUGAGUGGAAUGGGAGGACAGCCAUUUGACAUCUAGCCGCAUACAAAAUCGAGUUCGCUAGGAAGUAGGAAAAUCUGUAUAUUUUCGUUGAGGAAAAUCAUUUCAAUACACUUUUGUUCAUAUCUAUCUUUGAGAUUGUUGUUGUCAACUUACUUAUAUAGAAGCAACUGAAUGCCAAGUUAAGUUUUUGUGUCCGAA